UUAGCAUGUAGUUUAGUGGUGUGGGAUGAUUUGUCAUUAGGAAGUUCGGGGCCUUCCGGCUGCCCUGCAUGGGGCGCUAUUUUCUGAGCGCGGCUGCCAACAGCUGUCCUAAAAUCUUCUUAGUGUGUUGUAAGUGAUUUCAAAAUUGUCACCCAACCCUAUCAUGAGUUUUCCAACCCAAACUGGGAGGAGUUCUGCAUAUACUUCAUUCUUGUGUGUUUCUUCGACUCAGCUCUCAGGAACCUUGCAAGAUCAUAUUUAAUUUCACUUCAGAAUUAUUAUUUGGGAGAAGGGUCUGAGUCCCCAUGCAUUAUUUCUUUCUUAUCCUGGGUGAGACUGACCAGACCACAUGGAAAGGCCUUAGAAGUGAUGUGAGAGAUUGGCUAUGCCAAAUGAAACAACAAGGAUUUCUGGGGUUUCAGCAGAAAACCCUUUCUUGAGUGAGAUUGGAAAGGACAGGAUGUGUCUGUUAUGCUUGGGGGGUUCUAGCAGAAGGUUUGACUCAGGCUGCCUUUGGGCAGGGCUGGCUAGCUGCAGGCCCUGCUUCAGGGCCCUCCACCACCAUAAGCUGGGCAAAGCUGCCUGGCCAUCAAUACAGCAGGGUCUCCAGAAGUCCUUUUUGCGCUCUCUGGCUUCUUACUGGAUAUUCCAAAAGGCUGCCCCCUUUGACAGGAGGGCCACAUCCUUGGCAUGGCACCCAGCUCACCCCAGCACCCUGGCUGUGGGCUCCAAAGGGGGAGAUAUCAUGCUCUGGAACUUCUGCAUAAAAGACAAACCCAUCUUCAUUAAAGGGAUUGGAGCUGGAGGGAGCAUCACUGGGCUGAAGUCUAACCCUCUCAAUACCAACCUGUUCUUCACCUCCUCAAUGGAGGGAACAACUUAGCUGCAGGACUAAGGCAAUACUAUCCGAGUUUUUGCCAGCUCAGGCACCUGCAACUUCUGGUUUUGCAGCCUGGAUGUGUCAGCCAGAAGCCAAGUGCUGGUCACCAGAGACAGUGUAGGCCAUGUGACCCUGCUGAACAUGGAUGGCAGGGAGGUGUGUUCUCUGGAGCCCAGGCCCUUCCAUCCCUUCCCUUACCCCCAGCCUUGGUUCUGCACCCCACCUGAAUUGAACCCUUCUCUGCAGUUUUGGAAUCUAAGGAUGCACAAGAAGAAAGUGACGCACAUGGCCCUGAACCCAUGCUGUGAUUGGCUCCUGGCCACAGCCCCUGUAGAUCAAACAGUGAAAAUAUGGGACCUGCGCCAGGUUAGAGGAAAAUCCAGCUUCCUCCACUCACUGCCACAUGGUCAUCCUGUCAAUGCAGCUUACUUCAGUCCUGAUGGAACCCAGCUUCUGACCACUGACCAUAAGAGUUAGGUUUGAGUUUACUCUGCCUCCUAAUGGGACUGCCCUCCAAGCCUGAUCCCGCACCCUCACCGACACUUCCAGCACCCAUCAAGGCAACCUGGCCAUCGGUACAACCUCAUUGUGGGCCGAUACCCAGAUCUUAAUUUCAAAAGUGGUACAUCCCAUGAAUUAAGGACAAUCGAUGUGUUUGAUGGAAGCUCAGGGAAGAUGAUGUAUUAGCUCUAUGACCCAGAAUCUUCUGGUAUCAUUUCACUCAAUGAAUUCAAUUCCAUGGGGGACAUGCUGGCACUGGUCUCACUCCUCCUAGGUUAUCACAUUCUCAUUUGGAGCCAGGAAGAAGCUGGGAUGUGGAAAUGA